AUGACUUUCAAUUUGGUUGCACAGCGCGCAGGCAAUUUUUCGCUAUUACAGCAAAUGAGUGCUGCGCACGGUUUUACGCUCAACGCUGUUCAAAGCGUGUACUGCGUCGAGCAACGCGCCUCAAGCAGUCACAUUCGCACAUUGAUUGCACAAGGCAAUAUCGCCAGCGCAGUGGCUCAACUGGGUCACCCCCUACAAUUAUCAGGUCGCGUUAUUUACGGCCAACAACUCGGGCGCACCAUCAAUUGCCCCACCAUUAACCUCAAAAUGCCCGCCAACCUUGCCGCGCAAGGCGUUUUUGCCGUAGACAUUCACAUAAACGGCCAAAACCACCACGGCGUUGCCAGCAUUGGCACACGCCCAAGUGUGAAAACCAACGGCCAAUGCUGGCUUGAAGUACACAUUUUUGACUUUAACCAAAACGUGUAUGGCCAACUCGCGCACGUCACAUUGCGCCACAAAAUCCGCGACGAGCUCAAGUUUACCGAUUUGCCCGCCCUGCAACGCGCGAUUGACGACGACAUUGCCCAAGCCCAUGCAUUUUUUGCAAACCACCCCAACCCAACUCACAAGCUGGGUUAA